AUGCAUUUCCCCGCUCUCCUCGCCGACCAGCGCUUGACUCAACUUCAACACUUCAAUAACUCCCAUGCCCAAUACUCCAGUAACUGCAAAGCUACACACACAUCUCCCACUCAGAUAUCAUGCGUCAUUUUGAUACUUCUGGGUAUGCUGGCAAAGGCUGCUUUUGCUGUUGAGAGCCUGGACUGGAUGGAUUACUGGAAUUUGGUAUUCCCGAAGACGACCAACUACUUAUGUGGUUUUGUGACAGAUUUUGGUUUUGAUGUUAGCGUUGUGGUAGGAUGA